UCAUCUUAAAAACAGUGCAUCAUUGAAGAUGCAGUAUAAAAGGGGACACGCUCAAAUUAAUGUUACCAGUCAAUCAUCCGCUUACAAACAGUGAACAAUAUGAAGGUGAUACUUUUCUGCUGUUUAAUUGCCGUUGCUGCAACGGCCCGACUCGAAAAUACUUACUUACCACCUGGUAGUGCCGGAAGUGCAGGUGGCCAUGGGAGUUUUCUGGCCGCUCCGUUUAGACAGUCACAUUUUGGUAGUACCGCGUCAAGCGCCUUCAAACAGUUACCCAUACCAAUUGCGAUUCCUCAAGCGAACAAAUUCGCUGAAACCUUCCAUCAAGAAAAAACCUACCCGUUACGUCCAAACAUCAACAUUUUACGCUUUGAAAACGUGAAUGAUGGAUUCGGCAGCUACUCAUACGGGUAUGACACUGAAAAUCACAUCCAGGCGCACGAAACGGGACAGUUAAAGAACAUCGGAGGAGAAAACGAAGCGAACACCGUCCACGGUUCAUUUUCUUACAAGGGAGAUGAUGGUGCAGACUACACCGUAGAAUAUACGGCCGAUGAAAAUGGAUUUCAAGCGAGAGGUGCUCAUUUACCUGUACCUCCCCCAAUUCCUGAAGCGAUACUUAAAUCUCUCGAGCUGAACGCAGCGUCGGCUUCUGAUAACGAUGAUGGUCAAUACAGGGAAAAGGCGUACCAACAACAAUAUUUACCACCACAAAAACCCUCUUUCGAUCGUCAUACUGGAUACCGUUAUUAACCUCAUUUGCAUUAGAUUCUAUCAAUAAUUAUGUGUAUAUACGACUGAAAAUGUACGCAAUAAAAAUGCG